AUGCCGAACCCCGAUGUAACUGUGGUGGUGGAUAAGUCGGAAGAGAAAGAUGAACGUGAUUCAGAUUCAGACUCAGAUUCAAAAUCAUGCUCAUAUUCAGAUACUACAAGUAGUGGAGAAUCUCCCGUCGAAGAAUGGCAGAUAUCAAAAGAAAAAUGGUCAAAUAUGAAGGUGAAAAUUCUUGAGUGGAAGAAGAAGAUGUUUGCAAAGUGGAAGCAGAUUUUUGCAACAUCAUGUGUGUUUGCUGUUUCACUGGAUCCUUUGUUCCUCUACAUUCCUGCCAUCAAUCAGGACAUGAAUUGUCUGAGAUUGGACCAAAACUUGAAGAUAGCAGCUCUUACAUUAAGAUCUGUGACAGAUAUCUUUUAUAUUAUGGACAUCAUUAUUGAGAUUUAUACAUCUAAGAUCUGUUCAAGUUUAACCAUUGAACUUCAUCACAUCUCCAAAUCAGAAUUCUUAGGGAACACUUUUUUGCCGACGCUAGCUAAGAAGAUUUGGAAGUCAUACAUCUUAAUUGACAUUUUAGCUAUUCUUCCCCUUCCACAGGUUCUACUCCUCAAUUUCUUUUCAAGAAUGGGGGCUUCGAGAUCCUCGGAGACAAGCAAGUUUAUUAUGAACUUUUUUGUUCUGAUGCAAUAUAUACCGCGGGUUAUUCGCAUCUACCUAUCAUGUGAGGCACCAAAAAAGUCUCCCAGGAGGGAGACUCCAGUAUGGGUUAAAGGUGUACUUAAUUUCUUUAUGUACAUCCUUGCUAGUCAUAUACUUGGAGCCGUAUGGUACUUUUUUGCUAUUCAACGAAUGACAGCCUGUUGGCAAUAUGCAUCUCAAAAUGAAAAUGGGUGUGACCCUAAUACUUUUGGUUGUCAUUACCAUACAUUCAAAGAUGAUUUGUGUCCUAUAAGUUCACCAAAUGCAACGAUCUUCAAUUUUGGGAUAUUUCUUAGUAUCCUUCAGUCUGGUGUGCCGUCAUCAACAAAUUUUCUACAAAAGUUCUUGAACUGCUUUUGUUGGGGCCUACGAAAUUUGAGGAUGGACGAGGUUUAA